AUGCGAUGCGCGAGCAAGGCCGCCGAGAGCGCGUCCGCACGUCUCUGUGCGGACGCCGAAGCAGAAACCACAGCAACUGAUGUCUCAUCGGUUGCUGAAGCGACCCAGCCUGUGUCACUUGGUGAUGCAGGCGCUGGUCAUGAAGACACUCAUGUCUUCACAGAGUACGAGCUCGGUGUCUCGUACUCUCCUGAUACGGAAGACGGAUCCGUAUCGACGGCGAUCGAAUCCAAGCCGCCUGCCAAGCGUGGCAUGGAUGAUGCUAUGCGUCGCAGCAUCUUUGGUUCAUCUGAUUCAUCAGAUGAACCAUCACCGAAGCGAAGGCGCUCGAGGUCGCGAGACUCGGGCGCUCACAGUGGUGUCGAUUUUCCUGUUGACACCACUUCGCAACGAGGUGCCAGUCCUUCUGUCGGCACGUCGCAGGAAGAGCGGGACCGCAAUGUCUUGCGUCUCGCUCAUGAGAAGAAGGCAUGGAUGCCUCCAAAAUCCGUCAUGGAUCACUUGUCGGCGACGACGAGUGAUCGUUAUCGAACACGGUUGUUCGAUUCGUCAAGGAUCCAUCACCUUGACCCCAGUGCGAAAAACUAUCGCGCUGAACAUGAAUUCUUCAUCGAUGCUUUCUUCAAACAUCGAUGGUACAGUGGGAAUCACAAACGUGAUGGUCCCUCACUGCUUCAAGCGUGGAACGCCUACAUCCAUAACCUCGAGGAUGUAGGUCGUGACGCUUGGAACGACAAACUAAUCAAAGCUCGUGAUAAGUUUGAAAAGCGAACCCCGACAGGUGCACGCUACAAGCUGCAUCGUCUGUCAAGGGAGAAAGGAUUACCCUGCCUCUCUUGGGGAGACUCGUGCCCAUGUUGUGUGAACAACUCUGCACGAGCACCUAAGGAGGCUUACCUCCCCUAA